AUGCCAGAGGCAGGAGAACAAGCAGGCGCCGACGGAGGUGGUCUGCAGUUUCGAGGUGAUGGUCCAAUGCCAGGGGUGAAGCUCACGGUCCUCAGCAAGGAUGGCGAAAAGAGAUUCGAGGUCAUCGAGAAGAUCUACAAGGUGUACCUCAGCCUGGAGAAGGGCGAUGGACAGCCAAGGGAGUUGGUCGAGGCGCUCGACCUAGACGUGCUCAGCAGCGAGGUCGGCCUGCGGAAGCUGAUGGAGAUUCUGGACGAGGAGUUCACCGAGAAGGACUACGAGCGCAGCGAGAAGCACCUCAGGGCGUUCGAGAAGUGCCGCAGAGGCAUCGGAGAAGAUGUCGACGACUACAUCGCGAGGUUGAAGACGGCCAGGCGCAAUCUUAGGGUACACGACCCUGGCACUACGUACUCCGACACCUCAUUCGCAAGAAAGCUCUUGCGGAGCUCAGGGCUAUCACGAGAAGCCCAGCGGCAGGUACUAGCAGCAGCAGGCGCGGAGUGGAACUCGGAGAAGAUCGAAGCAACGAUCAAGAUGGCAUAUGGAGAUGUUCACCUAGACGAGAAGCGGCGUGUGGACAAGAGGAACGAGCACCCGAGCAAGCACACGCAGUAUCGACAGUUCCCUCCGCGGUUUGGACAGCCCACUUCGAAGUUUACUUCAGGAGGAAUGGACGCAGAUGAAGAGUUCAGCCAAGAUGAAGAUUACCCUGAUUACGAGGACGAAGACGGUCAGCCACAAGACGCCCUCGUGGCGGAGGAGGCGCCAGACAACCACCAGGAGGACGAGUACGAGUACGGCGAUCAGGACUCGGACGUCAUGGACGACGAAGAGGAGGUGGUGCUGGACGCGUUCUACCAGGGCUUCAAGGCGAAGAAGAAGCAGUUUGGCCGCGGCAAGGGACGCGGGAAGAACACCACGAGUGGCGGCCGGGGAAAGAAGUCCGGAGUGUGCAACGACUGCCUUCAGCCAGGCCACUGGAAGGGCGACCCAGAGUGCCCGAAGGUGAUCGCGGGGAUUACGUCUCCGUUCAAGCCUGGCGGCAAGGGCGACGGCAAGAAGGGUUCUUCCUCGGCGAACGUGGCGGCAACGAUGGCUACGGACAGUACGGCGCACAUGGAGUUCAAGUGGUUGAACGACGGAGCGGAAGAAUUGACAUCUCCCCAUCCGGGACCGGUGGAUGCCUUCGUGCUGGGUUCGCAGAAGGUCAAGGCGGAGGUGAAGCAAGAGAGCGACAACCUUGGGCUGGAUCCCACGAGGCCUCCGACACCGGGCUCAGAGUUCGAAGACGACUCCUUCGAGAAGGACUCAGACGAAUCCGAGGGGGUCUACAAGAGCUGGACCGAGGAGCAGCUCAGUGCGGAGUUGGCAAGGAGGAAGCACAACUCGACAGGACCGCGGGAGGAGCUGGUCGGAAGACUCCUCCGAUCCAACCUGCACGCGACGUUCAUGGAUGAAGAAGCUGACGGAUGGCAGGACGUGGAAAAGAAACCCUCUGGAGCGGCUGGAAGUGCCGAUGGCGGCAAGAAGCCAAAGCCCUCAGCGCGGCCGAAGCCUAAACCGACAACAGCGGCUUCGAGGUUCCAGUCUGAGAGGAUCCACAUCAGCGGCGACGACGUACGCUCGUUGGUCGACCGGUACAGGGCGCGGCUGGACGAGUUCGCGGUGGACUUCACGAACCGCGCGCGCGACCACCACACGGGGUACGUGACCGACUGCGAGCUGGAGGUGUUCAGGAUCCUGACGGCGAAGCAGCUGCAGGAUGUACUCUUGAUGCUCGAGCAGCCUUACAGCGGCUCAAAGCAGGAGAGGAUCGAUAGGCUGAUAUCGUUCAUCACCGACCAGGUGGAGAAUCCCUGCGAGCACAAGAAUGCGGGCUCGGGCGAGAUCCUGGACAACGUACGCUGGACCAGCACAUCUACCUGGACGUUCGCGAUCUGCAAGAACUGCAACCGAUACGUCCAGCGGAUCCCGAAGACGAACUACGCGAAGGAAAUCAGGGACAAGGCGUACAGCCGCGAGGACAAGAAGGACGCGCUCGUGGUCAAUGACGUGUUGUGGGACGACAUCGGCACGACGGAGCUAAUCAAUGAUAGCGGGUGCAGGCGCAGCGUCGCAGGUCACGAGUGGCACGACAACUUGCAGGCCCGCCUGAAGAGUUUGGGCCUCCAGCCGGUCAAGAAGGACAUCAAUGAGGAGUUCAGGUUCGGCGGCGGUGACGUGGCAGUCAGCACGGAGUCGUACGUCUAUCCUGCUGGGAUAAAUGGCGCACACGGAGUCAUUGAGGUGGCUCGAGUGGAAGGACGAACACCACCACUGCUAUUGCAGCAGGCGAUGCAGGAUCUAGGCGUGAUCGUCAAUUACCGCAAGAAGGUGAUGGACAUCGAGGAGGCCGGAGUGUUCAAGAAGCCGAUCAAACAAUCACGGUCGGGACAUUUCCUCGUAGACAUCGGAGAGUAUGGCAAUCCGAACGAGUUCCCGGAGUGUUUCCAUAUCAAUGGCAAGAUGGACAUGACCCCACAGGAGGAGGCCGGCGAACUCGGGUUCAAGGACCUCUCGCGUGUUGGAGUCCUACAGCGAGGUAGGAAGAAGCGGUUGCAGAGGACCACGAGAGGAGUUGCGGAUGCGUUGGCUGCAGAGGCGAAGAGAUCCGUCCACAAGGACCCACCGACGGUGACGUCGAGAUCCAAGAGGUGGAAGUUCCUGGAGAUAUUCUCGUGGACGCUUGCUCUAUCGUGCGAGGCGGCGGCGCAAGGGUGGCAGGUCAUGCCGCCAAUUAGCAUCGAGACGGGCUUCGACCUCUACACACGUUCUGGGCGGGCACGAGCCUGGAGGGAGGUCGUCGACAACAAGCCGGACGUGGUGGCCAUGGCUUGGCCCUGUGACCCCUGGACGGCGAUGCACAACUACCAGGCACGCCGCCCAGCGUUCCAGAAGGAGUUGCAGGUGCGACAACAGCAGUCCCGUGGAGCGCUGAGGUUCGUGAAGAGGGUGGCUGACUACCAACGCAAGCGCGGAGCCUACUUCUACGGCGAGAACCCGCUCACAAACGAGGCUUUCCAGGAGGAGCCAAUAGUGGAGCUGCCGAAGUCGCACGGCACGACGGUGGUGAACAUGUGCGCGUUCGGGCUCCGACAUCCAGACUCGGAUCUACCUAUUAAGAAGCCAUCACGAAUCAUCAUGUCCACACAGACGAUGGCGGUCAAGCUCGGACGACGAUGCCCAGGACACCGACAACACGCUAAGAUCGAAGGGCGAUUGGCUAAGCAAAACAUGAGGACGAGCACAUACGCCGGCGGCUACACGAAGGAGUUCGCCGAGGCCGUCAUCAGCGUGUUCAUGGAGGAACCCCACCUGAAGUUCUACCUGAAGUUCUACCGGAAGUACCCCCAGAAGAUCCUGAAGGACAACAACCACCAGAGCCUCAAGAGCAGCAAGUACCUCCGACGACAGCGGAAGGACGAGAACCCGGAGGACGAGGUGGAACAGGAGGGGGACGUGUCAGAGGAGGCGGACAUCACCAGGGACCCGCUGUAUCCAGACGAUCUCCCAGCGGGCGAGAUAUUCACUACGACGAGAGUGAUGUGGUUAGGCGGAGCCUCCCAGCUGCACCUGGACGACGCGAAGGUAUGGCAGUGCGAGGUGUGCGCGAGACGAGCAGGUCCAAAGCGACGUCGAGUGGUGUCGAGCCGACAGAGACCCACGUCAUUUGGGAUCGCGGUCGGGGUGGACACCAAGGAGCUGAAGGACGCGAGUGGAGGCAAGUACCUGGCCCUGAAUUGCGUGGAUUUCGCGACGAAGUUCUCGUGCCUGAUCAUGCUGGAGAAUCCCUCCAGUGCAGAGGCAGCCAGGAUGUUCAUGACGAAGUGGUGCGCCUGGGCUGGAGUACCUAUCGUGUGCCACUCCGACAACGGCUCGGAGUUCAGGAAGGAUUUUGCAUCCUACGCGGAGUCGGUGGGAAUCACGAUGAGAGUGGUGCCCACGGAAAGUCCGUGGCAACACGGGCUGGUCGAGCGCCACGGGGCCGUCAGCAGCGACAUCGUGCGCGCGAUUGUGGACGAGUGCACCAUCCAGGGAUACAGCCCCAGGAUGAGAGUUUUCGGCUGUGGAGACAGGUUACCAGGCAGCGUGCUGGACAGUCUCCUCAGCGACGAACAGUACCCAGAGAUCGCCGUGCACGACGCGGUGCUCAAGGUCGCGCUGGCGAAGCUGGACAACAGUGACAAGUGGAGGAAGGCCAUCGUCCACAACUACCGACCCACACCUUCGCCGUGGAUGCCCGGAGAGUGCGUGUUCCUCUGGCGAGCGGCAGGUACCUUCAAGCCGCAGGCGCAAUCUACAAGACGAGCAGACCGUUGGCACGGUCCAGCAGUCAUCCUCGGCAGGGAGUGGGGACGCGAAGGCCAGAACGAAGCGUAUUGGCUGGUGUUCAACGGGAACCUCCUGCUGGCGGCACCACAACAUAUCAGGUCGGCAACCCCAGAGGAGCGCUUGGCGAGCGAGGCCAUCGGCAGCAUCAUCGAGAACUACAACAUGGACCUGAGCGGGAUCUCGAGGGGCCAGCACACGUUCGAUGACUUGAGACCGAGCUCGAUGGCACCAGUGGUGGAAGCGGUGUUCAACCAAGCCGUCGAGACCCCAGUCCCGGACCUGGACACGGAGACGCUGUACGCGAUGAACGACGUGUUCUCGCUGGAGCUCCGCCCCUUUCAAGCAGGCACCAAGGGGAAGGAGCUGGACUCGAGGAAGUUCACGAAGGCGGAGCGGCUCGGGUUCAACAAGAGCAUCGCCAAGAACUGGAACCAGCACCUGGAGCACGAGGCCGUCAGGGUGGUCCUGCCCGAUGAGGCGGCGAAGGUCGACAAGUCGAGGAUAUUCAAGGUGCCGGCGCGCUUCGUGCAUACCCUCAAGGAGGGCCAGCCGAACAGCCGACUUGUGAUCCCGGGACAUCUCGACCCGGACAACCAGGGCAAGCUCGGCAUCAAGCAUGCGAAGCGCAUGGCGAUUUGGUCAGAAACGGCAGGUACACGGACAGAUGCACCAGUGGCGCCCAUGGAAGGGCUGAUGCUACUGCUGAACUUGGCGGCGCAUUUUGGCUGGGAUCUCGGGGCGUUCGACAUCGGCUCGGCGUUCCUCACCGGCAAGACAAACACGAGACGGUUAUAUGUGAUGCCUCCCCGAGAAGGGCUACCUGGAGUUCCUGCUGGGAGCUUGGUGGAACUGCUCAAGGGUGUAUUCGGACUAGAGUCACCUCGCUUAUGGUGGGAAAGAUUCUCGGAGGUGUUGAUCCAGGCCGGAUUCCAGCCGCUCAAGACCAUGAAAGGCGAGCGUUUCGCCAGAGCGAAGGAGAUCGUAUGGGAGAAGCUCAACGUGACCAAGGAGAAGCAGGGUCAGUUCGAGUUCCUCGGCCGGCGCAUCAAUCAGCUGCCGGAUAAGCCCAUAGAGGUCGACCAGCACGAGUACAUCGAGAAGAUGGAAAAGAUCUUCGUGCCGGCAUCCAGGAGGAAAGACCCCGAGAGCAAGGCGUCCGAGCGGACGCCAGACUUGACGGUCGGCCAGCUGUGCAAGGCGAACACGGUGUUGAGCAUGGCCAAGGAGAUGGUGACGCGUGACGUCAAGCUACGAUUCAUUCUCCUGCUAACCGACGAGAAGUUCGAAGCCAAGAAAGUCAACGUGGUGGACUGGUGCUCGAGCAAGAUCCAUCGCGUGGUAAGAUCUACAUUGGCAGCGGAGGCGGCCAGUGCGAGCUACGGGUUCGACAGGGCGUGCUUCGUGAGGACGGCAUUGGCCGAGAUAUUGCACGGCUGGGAAUCAGAGAGCGACUGGGCGACAUUGAUGGGCAAGAUCCCCAGCCUGUGCGCGACGGACUGCAAGAGCUUCGUCGACCUCUGCCGUAAGGAAGGGAGCAUGCCGACGGAGAGGAGGAUCGCGUUGGACCUCGCAGAUCUUCGAGAUCCAUUGGAAGUCGGAGACGGCUUGAUAUGGACUGACACCCGCCUGAUGCUUGCCGACCGCCUGACCAAGCACAUGAAGGAUCAGAGCUAUUUGGAGCAUGUCCUCAAGACGGGAGAAUACGUCUACCGGUGCAAGUAUGAGACCAAGGCCGAGAAUCGUGGCGGGGGUGACCCCGGUGAGUGA